AAGUCGAUUUACUAAAAAUAUUUAAAUUUCUAUGUAUUUUACAUAGAUUGUUCUUAUUAGGAACAUUUUUUGCGUUAUUGUUCUUAUUAGGAACAGUGUACCUAAUAAGAACAAAUUCAAUUAUUCUCAAACUACCGCUAAUUACUUAAUUAGUUUACGAGAUAAUUAGAUGAUUUUUACAUCAUUCGAUGCAGCAGACAUUUCUGCACUCAGAUAUGUAAAAAAAGUUUUUUUACCACGAGAAAUGACUUAGUAGCAAAGGAAUUACUCCGACCUCCAAAAAAUCUGUUCUUAUUAGGAACAUUGACUGUAGGCUCAUCUUCAAACUCGAAUGAGACAUUAUUGAGAUUGAAGUUUAUAGAAAAUUUCAUAACGGUCUAACUCUGCUUCCGAAAGUUAUCAUGUAAACGACUGGACAGACGGACACACUAGUCGAUUCUAGCAGUGUACUCACUUUUUGAGUACAUUAAAAAUAUCGUUUUUUCAGUAAAAAUGCAAUCUAUCGAACUAUGAGUGGAAACCCAAAGCUUUUUUUCUUUAUUUCAUAGCCCUAGGUGUUUAGCAUUUACCAAGAAUUGGGUGGGGUGUGGGUUUGGGUGUGGGUGUGGGUGUGGGUGUGGGUGUAGGUGUGGGUGUGUGGGUGUGGGUGUGGGUGUAGGUGGGGUGUGUGGGUGUGGGUGUGAGUGUGGGUGUGGGGUGGGGUGUGGGUGUGUGGGUGUGGGUGUGGGUGGGUGUGGGUGGGUGGGUGUGGGAGUUGUGGUAAGCCUUCGUUAGACGAACUUGCACCCACCCACACUCACACCCACAUCCACACUCAAACCCACAUCCACACCCACCCACACCCGCCUCCACACCCACACCCACCCACACCCGCCUCUACACCCACACCCACCCACACCCGCCUCCACACCCACACCCACACCCAAACAAUAUUAAUGCUAGACGAUAGAAGGAACGAAAAAUAAGAUUAAAAUCAAUUAUUUAUUUGGAUGGAGCAUCAGACGCUCUACAAAAUAGACUAAUUAUCUUCUUUUUCUCUUGCGUUUUUAUAGUCAAAAAUUUUAUUUUCUUAGCACCUAUCAUGACAAAACCGACAUUUUUUUUGUAAUAAAUUUUUUAUAACUCAGUGAUGGUAUGAGCUAGAGAGCUGAAAGUUUUUAUGGCAGUGAAGAGCCUUAAGGAGUAUAGCAUAUUAAAAAUUUAUUUAAAUCGGUUGAGACAAACAGAAGUUAUUAGCGAAAUACAACUGAACCAUCAAUUGUGCCAAAAAGUUGCAAUUCACUCAUAUGCACUCAACGAUCUAUAAAAUGACUGAAACAUUAACUGGCGUUGAAUCAUUCCGACACUGAACAAUUUAUAUUAGAAUAUUCUAUGUUUAUUACUAAUUAUACUAUCCACCUUUUCAAUUUGUCCUUCAAGAAUAUACGAUUUUCUUAAGAGUUUUGUUGCAUGCAUCUACUCUCAUUGUAAAAUUUUAUGCUAUUAGAAAGCCAAAUUACAUUAAUGUGCAGCAUAAUCAUUUAGAAAUUUUACUGUAGCUGUUCUCGUCUGAAACAAAAUCCAUUUAAUUAAAUAGCCCCUUUUUAAUCAUUUGAAUAGCCUUUUUCUCUCGAUUUUAUGAUCUAGCUCACUAUUCAUUACACGUAUCGCUGAUGAGUCUCAUUUAAACGGUAAAAAUAUCUAAACAACAAUAUUACAGAAUUUUUCUUUUGUAUUUAUUAGUGUAACACUUUGAUUUUAGUGGCUUUUUAUUCAAAAAAAACGAUAUUAUAACCAUCCAACAAUCGGUAUAUAAAUUAAAUGUCCUUCCAAAGGUCUUUCUUUUCAGCUAAGGACAUUAAUCUCAUUAUAUAGAUUUCGACAUUGAAUUCCAAUUCAAGUUUUCUAUCUGAGCUUAUUUUCAUUAUCUUCAUGUUCACUAUAAACAUUCAUGUUCCUUUUUCGUUAUUCUUGCUGUCAUUAGUACCUAUAGCUCUGCAUUGUAAAAACAAACCAUAUGACUAGUGUCAAAAUACCAAGAGAAAAAUAAGACUACUUACCUAGUGAUAUCGAAAUAUGUUUGUUGUGUAAUAUGAGUCGGCAAGCGACUUCAGCAUUUAUAGUUGUUGGUAAAUUUUCUUUUUUCCAACAUAGAAUGCCUGAAUCAACCAAGUGUGACUAUUUUUCAUUUGGAAAGCUUCGCUUUUUUUGCAUCAAUACCUGUAAUUGUAUGAAAAAACUGUGCUUGUCGUAUACUUUCUCCUCACCUUGAUGUGGGUUUUUUUCCCAAUGUAAACAAACCAAACCAUGGGUAUUUUAUCAUUCCUUUUCAUCGAUUUCAAGUGAAUCGCAGAGACAUACACUUGGAAUAAAAUAUUUUUGCAUUGUAUAGACUUGAGGAUGGGUGUGGCUGGGUGUAGAUAUGGAUGGGAGUGGAUUGGGUGUGGGUGGGCACGGGUGUGGGGUGGAUGCGGAGGGUGUAGGUGGGUGUGGGUCUGAGUGAAGGUAUAAUUAGAAACAUACGCUCAUACACCCACACCCACCCACAUACAGCCUACUUUUAAUGUUACUUGGAAUCCAACUUUUGCGCUAGACUAAAGAUUGCUCAUAUGGAACAAUUGACAUAAAAAUUAUGUCGUUUGUAUUACAAGUGAGUUCUCUUUUUUUUCUAUAAUUUUGAUCAGUUAAUGUUUUCAUGCUUUCUGUUUACUAGUUGACAUCAUAUAAUUCACGUGCCUAGUUUCUGUCAAUGUGUUCAUAAAUCGGCGUUUCUUCAGGGUGUGGGUGUGGGUGUGGGUGUGGGUGUGGGUGUGGGUGGGUGUGGGUGUGGGUUUGAGUGUGGAUGUGGGUGUGAGUGUGGGUGGGUGCAAGUUCGUCUAACGAAGGCUUCCCACAACUCCCACACCCACCCACACCCACCCACGCCCACACCCACACCCACACCCACACUCACACCCACACCCACCCACACCCCACACCCACACCCACACCCACACCCACACCCUCACAGCAAUGUUAAAUAAAAUAUCUCAAAUAAUAGAUGAUGAACAAAAAGAAAUUAAUAUUUAUGAAUUAUACAAACGAUUAACAAUGGAUGUUAUAUGCCGUUGUGCAUUUGGUAUUGAUACUGAUAUGCAAAAUGAUAUUAAUAAUCCAUAUUUACAAAAAUCAGCUGCAUUAUUUAAAACAGAUAUUGAUGACCUAUUACUUUUUCGAUUGGCUAACUUAAUACCAUUUCUUGCACGUCCUUUACAUGAUAUUGUAUUUGGUUUAGGAGAUGUUCGUCGAAUAUUAAUGAAAUUAAUACCUAUAUUAAAUGAUUAUGUUGAAGAAAUUCCAGCUUUAUGGUUGAUGAAUCGUGUUCAAGAAGUUGUUGAUCUUCGUAUUCAAUCAUCAUCAAAUUCAAUAAAACGCACAGAUUUAUUACAACUUAUGAUGGAAGCUACUCGUGAUAAUGUUAAAGAUCAUGUUGACGAUCCAUCAAUUACAAAAGCAUUACAAUCAAAUGAACUUAUACCGAAUAUUUUUCUUUUUAUGGCUGCUGGUUAUGAAACAACAUCAACAGCACUUGCUUAUUCAACAUAUAUUUUAGCAACAAAACAAGAUAUUCAAGAAAAACUUGUUGAAGAAAUCGAAAAUAGCAACUGGAAUGAUAAUAAUAAUGGAGAAGAAGCGUAUGAUAUAGCAACUAAUCUUUCUUAUUUAGAUUUUUUUGUACGUGAAGUUCUUCGUAUGUAUCCUGUAACAUCUAAAGCAAUGACACAUGAGUGUAAUACAACAACUACUAUUAAUGGUCAUAUCAUAGAAAAAGGUAGUAUUAUUCAACCUGAUGUGUUCACCAUUCAUUAUAAUCCAGAUUUAUGGGGUCCUGAAGACCCAAAUGUUUUUUAUCCUGAGCGACAUUCAGUAAAACGUCAUCCCAUUGCUUGGAUGCCAUUUGGUGUUGGCCCGAGAAAUUGUGUUGGUAUGCGAUUUGCUCUCAUGGAAUUAAAACUAUGUUUAGUUCACUUACUUCGUCAAUAUCGAAUAUUACCUACUGAUAGGAUCGAAGAAGGUUUUAAACAAGAAGAACGACUUGUUAUUCAACCAAAUGCCAUAUUUGCAAGGGGGAAACAGCAGAGACUUCAGCCGUGA